AUGAGUAAUACUUCCACCAAUAUUAUCCAGCCCAAAUUCAAAGAUCGCAUACAAAGGACUUCAUAUAAAGCAUCCGAAAAACUUGCUAUUAUUAAUGAAGCUAAAAAGUUUAAUAUUUUGGCUGUGUGGGUGCGUGACAAGGAAAAGUUUAGUAAUGCCAUAUCAACGAGCCGACAUGUUGGUGCUGGAAAAAUUUUAGCUUAUUCAGCUGCUGAGGAAGAACUUCUUAAAUGGAUUAAUGAGCUUUGUCUUGUUGAGAUUGCUGUGACGGCAGGUGCUAUCAAAUUACAAAUGGUUACCAUUCUCGCAAUAACCUGUGCAAAUGAUUACUCAGAUGCCUCUAAUAAAUUUCACACUUCAUAA